CCAUUUUCUUUCCGCUUUCGAGUUUUUCGGGUAGCUUUGUUUGCUCAUCUUUAUCUCUGCACGAUAUUCCUCCCGACUAACUGCGCUUUAACCUGGACUUGAUUGCUUAGGUUACUGGAUUUCGAUCUUUUCUCGCUCACCGCACAAUGGAUUGUGGAAAGUGCCGUCGCAUCAGCCUGGCAUCGCUGCAGGAAAUGUCGCGGGAGCAUGCGCUCAGGCUGAACCAUCGCUACGACUGCGUGGAUGUGUGGAGCGACGAGGGCCCGCUGCAGUUCGGGCGGGUGGUGGACGCGGGCUCAGACGGCCUGUUUAUCGAUUUCCUUUGCCCGGGUCGGCGCCGCCACUUCGUCCCCUUCGGGCGCGUCUUCCGGGUGCGGGGGAAUGGCAUGGUGCCAGAUUGGAUGCGCGCCCACGCGACGUGGCCGGUGGAGGUGCUCUGGCGCUGUCAUCCCCACGAAGCUUGGACCUGGCGGGGGGCGAGGCUGGUGGUGACGGCCAGGCGCGACUGGCGACGAACGAACGCCGGAUUAGUGCGGCUGUGCGACGCCGCCGGCCGGGCGACAGGGCCUUUGCAGGUCGUCCCCUUUUCCCGGAUCCGCGACGCCGGCGAGGAUGCGGUCCGCGGCAGCGGUAGCAGCGUUCUGGCGGCUGCUGCGAACGGCCGACCCCCCCGGGAAAGAGGAUUUACGGCGCUAUUACGGCCAAGGGCGCUGGUUAAUGAGUUACGUCGAUCUACGGGAUAGUUGCUUCGAUCUCUUGGUCGGUCCGGAGUCGUUCGUCUUCGGCCGGCUGCAGUUGCCGGCGGCGUGUACCGCUGUAUCGGAGGAGACGCAGCGCUGUUUGAUGGAGGCCUGGCUGAGCCGUUCCCCUUUUGGGCGGCCACCGUUUCGGUUACUGCGUCGGCUGGAUGAGGGCGGCACGUGGUUGUACGUGGAGCGCCCAAGGUCGUAGUAUAAUUGUAGGAUUAAGGUGAGUGGGACGGGUAGGCUUUUGAUGACAACCCUGCACAGGAUAUAAGCGACUCGGUGUGCAGAGUGCCUGGGAGACUGCGCCGCAACUGCAGUUAGCGCUGCCGCGGAUGCUCCGCCUGCUGGACUUGCCCGUAGCCGUGGAGGCCUCCGCUGGCGAGGGGCUGCAGCAGCUGCCGGUGGAAUUGUUGUCGGAGGUCUUCUCCCAUCUGGACACGGCGGAACAGACGCGUCUGCGCCCGGUGUGCGCCCUCUGGGACUCCGUCCUGCAGUCGG